CACGUGACUACUAAGUUCUUUUAAAUGAGUUGGUCGGCGGCGAUUAAACGUUUUAGUUUGUUGAAAGGCUGCAGAACAGUUGUUUUACUUAACAGAAGCUGGAGACAAUUGUCAUCUCAAACUCGAGCUGAGAAACGUCAACUGAUAAGAGAACAAAUUCGGAAAGAACUUGGUCAAGGCUAUGUUGCAGAGCUAAAAGAGUUUCGUGCAAAUGGAGCAAAGAGAUCGGAAGCACCAACCACCAUUUGCGAACAAAAGGAUGGUCUUCAAUUUCCUGCAUUUGAUUGCAUCACAUUGUCUCAGCGACGUGUCAGUCUACCACAAGAUUUCAUGGACAGAACGACGUUAGUCUUGCUGUCGAUGAGAGGAGUUGGAUUGACUAUGUGUGACACAUACAGGCAAUCGUUUGUGUCGGAAUUUCAAGAUCCAAACUUGCAUUUAUUUUCUCUAGAGAUAUGCUUGGUUGACAACUGGUUUUUCAGGUUGAUAAGAAAUACUUUGGAGAGUCGACUUCGCGAGAAACUGAAGCCAUCAACUCGACAUGACCAGUUUGUAUGUCAACUGACCAAUGCAAGAACCAUUCGAUCAUCUCUCUCAAUCCACAACAGUCUCAUAGGCUACGCGUUUCUUGUUGACCACAGUGGGUUGGUACGAUGGUCGGCUCACGGGAAACCAACAGAAACAGAGCUGAAAUCAAUGAAUUUCUGCACAUCAAAGCUAAUAGGAGAGGUUGAAAGUACACACAAGCAUUAA